CUGGCUACACACUGCUGAAAGCGGGGAAAGCCACGAUUUGCUGAUGCAGGGGUGGUGAAAUCUACUGGGAGGGUGUUGAAAGAGGAGUGUAUGUAAAAUGAUUAAGACAAGUUGUCUUUGAUUGAUUGACAGCUGGAAAGUCAGCAAGACCCUUCAGGGAACCACAGACACGGUUCUUUCCAGCCAUUGCAGCGUUGGCCACUGCCGUCAGUUCUGUGAGGCAGCUGUCAGACUCCAUGCUUGUGCGACUAUUGAAAGGGUCGGAGAGGUGUGUGUGCGCUCAGGUGAUUAUGACUAUGGCUCAUGUGGGAGCAGUAGUGGCGGCCGUGACUGGAGUCAUGGCCAUACUUCUGCACUCGUCCAUACACAGGAUUGAUGAAGGACACGUGGGGGUGUAUUACAGAGGUGGCGCUCUCCUGACUGCUCCUAAUGGGCCAGGAUACCAUAUCAUGCUACCGUUCAUCACUACCUACAGAUCUGUGCAGACGACUCUGCAGACAGAUGAGAUAAAGAAUGUGCCUUGUGGAACCAGUGGAGGUGUGAUGAUUUACUUUGACCGAAUCGAGGUUGUCAACAUGCUGGUGCCUUUUGCUGUGGUGGACAUUGUGCGGAACUACACUGCUGACUACGACAAGACGCUCAUCUUCAACAAGAUCCACCAUGAGCUCAACCAGUUCUGCAGUGUGCACACACUCCAGGAGGUUUACAUCGGGCUCUUCGACAUCAUUGAUGAGAACCUGAAGACUGCCUUGCAGAAGGAUCUUAAUGGCAUGGCUCCGGGCCUCACCAUUCAGGCCGUGCGCGUCACCAAGCCGAAGAUCCCGGAGUCCAUCAGGAGGAACUAUGAGCUCAUGGAGGCAGAGAAGACUCGUCUGCUGGUCACAGCUCAGACGCAGAAGGUUGUGGAGAAGGAGGCAGAGACGGAGAGAAAGAAAGCUAUCAUUGAAGCGGAGAAGGUGGCCCAAGUAGCAGGGAUCCAGUUCCAGCAGAAGGUGAUGGAGAAGGAGACUGAGAAGAGGAUCUCAGAGAUACAGGAUUCUUCAUUUCUGGCAACGGAGAGAGCUAAAGCAGAUGCAGAGUUCUACACAGCAGCCAAGCUGGCUGAAGCCAACAGGAUGAAGCUGACCCCUGAGUACCUGCAGAUGAUGAAGUACCAGGCAAUCGCUUCCAACAGUAAGAUCUACUUUGGCCAGGACAUCCCCAAAAUGUUUGUGGACAACAGUGCCCCCUCUGGUGAAGCCACUGUGGGGCAAGACGGCACCCCAGAGCCCACGGAGAGCCGGACAGCCGGCGAGAAGCCCCGGCAUAGAAGGGGUGCCUGACCCAGAGGGACAGUGAGGGCCCGCUGAGGCCCCCGGACUACGAGACGACCUGCUCUGUCUGUCUGUCUGUCUGCCGUCUGCCGUCUGUCUGUCUGUCUGUCUGUCUGCCAUCUGUCUGUCUCGAUCUAAAUGUCCGGUGGACUAUCUGCGUGAUAGAUUAUGCUGAAGUGACUACCAGGCUGUCUGUUUGUCCAUCUGAAUGCCCUACUGACUGUCUGAUUGUGUGAUCUGCCUGUCUGUCUGACCACCAGGCUGUCUGUCUGAUUGUGUGAUCUGCCUGUCUGUCUGACCACCAGGCUGUCUGUCUGGUAGUCAUGUCUCUGUCUGUCUGUCUGCCUGUCUUGGUCAGUGGGUUUGGCUGUCUGUUGGAUUCUCUGCCCGUCUCAAUGUCUUAAUGCUCCACCAGGGACCUGCAGGCUUUUUUGGGGGGUGCAGUCUCUGCUAGGAUCCUGGGGCAAAUUGUGUGUGUGUGUGUGUGUGUGUGUGUGUGUGUGUGUGUGUGUGUGUGUGUGUGUGUGUGUCAAACAAUAGCCUACUCCUGCCUCUGUGCAGCUCAGCUCUCUGUUGAUUCAUUUGGGGUUUUUGUUUUUGUUGGAGUGCGUGCGUGCGUGCGUGCGUGCGUGUGUGUGUGUGUGUGUGUGUGGACUUCUUGGUCAGCUGACUGUUAUAUGACUCUAGCCCUGUUCUGGGCCGGAUUCAUUUGAGUCAGCUGCUCUGUCGGGUCGGGUUUUGGCUAACUGGAAUAUCAGGGUGCCGUGUGCAGACAAACGCAACCCAUAGGGAAGGUCAGCACUUCUCUCUUCUUCUUGCUCUCAACCACAAACACACACACACACACACACACACACACACACACACACUGAUGAACUUGAGUCUUAGUCUUUGGGUGCAGCUUUGGAUGUUGAUGUUGAUUGUACACAACCCUCAUACUGGUCCAACAGCUGGAAGGCUGUAGAACAUUCUCAACAGGGUCAUUGUCUGCACACACACAGACUGCUCUUGAAUGCACCAGGUGCAGUUACCGUGGUGAUGGACCUGUUCAUCGCUGAAUGGGACGUGAGUUAGCUUAUGCAUUAGCAUGUGACGUAGCUGUUGGGAUAUGUAGAGGGUGGCUAAAUUGAGCGCGUUAGCUUAUUUCGUUAGCAAGUAGUGUAGCUGUUGGGAUAUGUAGAGGGUGGCUAAAUUGAACGUGAGUUAGCUUGCGUUAGCAUGUAGAGUAGCUGUCGGGAUA